AUGGCUACCACUGACUCAGAAGUCCUUAUUAGACGUGCAACAAUAAACGAUGCAAAAGGCAUAAAUUCACUCUUAGCAGAUUCAUUUUCUUUAUCAUUUCCAUUCUACAAUUAUCUUCUUCCAAAAGGUCAGUCAAAUCGGGAACUUGUAUUUGAAUAUUGGCACAAAGAAGCACUGGUGAUGAACGACAUAGCAUAUGUAUCAACCAUCAAUGGAAAAAUCGUAGGCGCUUCAAUUGGUAGAUAUAGACCAGCAUCGUUUGUACCAUCCGAUGCAGAAAAUCAUGAAUUGAGUCCUGAACAAAAGAUAUUAGUUGGAUAUGAUGAUUAUACUCCUGAACAACUCGAAAUGAUAAUGACAUUUCUUCAUAACUUUGAUUUCUGUUAUGCAGACUGGGCAAGACAGGCUCAACAAUAUCUCCCUUCUGGCACACCAUAUGUUUACAUCCGUGGAAUGAACGUUUCAGAAGAUCAUCAGAAAAAGGGAAUUGGAUUGAGAUUAUUAAGUAUGGUAUUGAAGGAAGCUAAAGCCUUGGGAGCAGCUACAUUCCUUGAGGCUUCACCUGCAGGAACGCCAUUAUAUUUGAAGGCUGGAGCAGAGAAGGGUGGAAUUCUGGUUACCAAAGAUCGUGAAGGCAAUGUAAUAAUGGAAGAGUUUUGUAUGGUAUGGAGAAAUUACGAUUUGAUUUGA